AACAAAGCUGGUUGGGAACAGAGCGAAUUUCCGAUUCUGUGUGAGACAUGUUUGGGCGACAAUCCAUUCAUCAGAAUGUCUAAGCAGGAAUAUGGUCGCUCAUGCGGUACUUGUGCACGUCCCUUCACAGUCUUCCGCUGGAAUCCUGGCACUGGUUCGCGAUUCAAAACCACUGUCAUAUGUCAAACAUGUGCAAAAAUAAAAAACGUUUGCCAGACCUGCUUGCUUGACCUUGAGUAUGGUCUUCCCACUCAAGUACGAGACACUGCGUUGGGAUUUCAAAAUGAUGCGCCCACCAGCGACAUAAACAGAGAGUAUUACGCGCAAAAUAUGGAAGGCAAGUUGGAUGGCAACAAGUCCGGAUUAGACUCUGGUCGGGCCGUCUCUGCUGGAAAAGAGAUGUUGAAGCAGCUCGCGAGGACAGACCCUUACUACAAGCGUAACCGACCCCAUCUUUGUUCCUUCUAUGCUAAAGGAGACUGCACCCGUGGAAACGAGUGUCCAUACCGUCAUGAGAUGCCAGUGGAUAAUGACCUCGCACACCAAAAUAUGCAAGACAGAUAUCAUGGAAAGAACGACCCCGUUGCGCACAAAAUCUUAUCAACACAUGCUGAAAGUCAAGGAUUGAAGGCCCCGGAUGACAAAACAAUUACUUCGAUAUUCCUUUCUUCUCUUUCCCCAUCGUCAACGGAGGGGAGCAUCCGAUCACGGGGAAGUCAAGGUUCGUAUUUUCAUGCAACUUAUCGAGCAUACAAAUUCCUAACAUCAGACAGAUGUGCUUUUGUAAAUUUCAAAGAAAGAGGCGCUGCAGAGACUGCCGCAGCUGCAUGGGCAAAUGGGUUGGAAAUUGAUGAGGUGCAGGUUACAGUCAAGUGGGGAAGAAGUCGAGCAAAA